GGGAAAAGAGGCCCCGCCCCGGACUGGAGCUGUGGAGAAUCGAAACUCCAGUGUGGCGGAGAGGAGUUGGGAGGCUGGGGGUUGUUUCUGUCCCUCCAGGCCCUGCUUUGCCCCUCUUUCUCCUCCUCCUCCUCCUCCCAGGUCCAGGCUGAGGCUGGCUGGCUGGCGGGCUGCUUCCCCCGUGAGUGCAGCGAGUAGGGUCCCCUCGGGAGGGCUGGUGGGCCCGUCUCCUUCCCCGCUGCCUCACUAAGGCCCGGCCUGCUCUUCCUUCAAGGCCCCCUGCUCUCCCCUCCUGCUUUUGCAACUGCUCCCAAAUCCUUUUCCCUCCUCGCCGCCGGGGGAGGAUGCCUGCCUCUUCCUCUCUGCCUCAGACCUCAAAAGCUGGACUCCUAGGCAUACCCCCCAGGAAACACGUUCUGUAGAACGAAGUGGGAUCUUGUUUUUUUGUUUCUUUCUUACAGCAAAUAUGAAGCGAAGAUCAGAACCUGAAUAUAUUAGUCCACAGAAAAGACAGAAGAAGAGGAUUGAAGAGUUGGGUCUGACCCUCAGCUCUACAUCUGAUGAUGAAACUCAGCUUGCAAAUCAUGCAGCUCAAGAGUCCUCCACAAGCAGUAGUGAGUCUGAUGGUGAGAACAAUGAAAGGCGACCUGCUUUUGGCUCUUUUAGCAGUACAUUCAAUACUGAAUCUCUUGUGGAAGGAACAUCCUCUCGCUACUCCAUGUAUAACAGUGUGUCUCAGAAACUCAUGGCCAAAAUGGGUUUUCGGGAAGGUGAAGGACUCGGAAAAUAUGGCCAGGGAAGGCAGGAGAUCGUUGAGGCCUCCCAACAGAAAGGAAGGCGAGGAUUGGGACUCACUCUUAAAGGAUUUGAUGGAGAGGUGAACAUCAACUGGCAGGAUGAGCCGGAGGCUACUGCUUAUGAGCAAGUGGAUUGGUUCCCAGAAUGUACCACUGAAAUUCCAGAUGCAGAGGAAAUGAAGGACUGGAUGACGAUAGGGAAGAAGAAGCUGGUGAUUGAAGAUGAAACUGAAUUCUGUGGAGAAGAACUUUUACAGAAUCUGCUCCAGUGCAAGAGUGUCUUCGAUGAGCUCGAUGGGGAGGAAAUGCGCCGCGCCCGUACAAGGUCCAACCCAUACGAAAUGAUCCGUGGGGUCUUCUUCCUGAACAGAGCUGCAAUGAAGAUGGCAAACCUAGACUAUGUCUUCGAUUCCAUGUUUACAAACCCAAAGGAUUCUCAUGGGAAGCCACUGGUAAAAGAUCGUGAUGCAGAGCUCCUGUACUUUGCCGAUGUGUGUGCUGGCCCUGGUGGAUUCUCAGAGUAUGUCCUUUGGAGGAAGAAAUGGCAUGCAAAAGGUUUUGGGAUGACCUUAAAAGGACCAAAUGACUUCAAAUUGGAGGAUUUUUAUGCUGCCCCCAGUGAACUCUUUGAGCCAUACUAUGGUGAAGGAGGGAUUGAGGGGGAUGGAGAUAUCACCCGUCCCGAGAAUAUCACUGCCUUCCAGAAAUUUGUGCUGGACAACACAGAUCAGAAGGGGGUACAUUUCCUAAUGGCCGAUGGUGGUUUCUCUGUGGAGGGGCAAGAAAAUAUCCAAGAGAUUCUAAGCAAACAACUGACACUUUGCCAGUUCCUCACUGGGCUCUCUGUUAUACGAACAGGAGGGCACUUCAUCUGUAAAACCUUUGACUUGUUCACACCAUUCAGCGUUGGCCUGGUAUACUUGCUGUAUUGCUGCUUUGAGCGUGUGUCGAUCUUCAAACCUGUGACAAGUCGUCCUGCCAAUUCUGAGAGAUAUGUUGUGUGUCGUGGAUUGAAGUCUGGAAUUGAAGAGGUGAGAGACUACCUUUUCACAGUGAAUAUCAGAAUCAACCAGCUGCGCAGCAGAGACCAGGAUGUAAAUCUGGUUGUCCCCCUAGAAGUCAUCAAAGGCGACCAUGAUUUCCAUGAUUACAUGGUCAGAUCAAAUGAAAGACUCUGUGCUGUUCAGAUUAAAGCGCUGGCCAAAAUCCGUGCUUUUGUUCAAGACACGACCUUGAAUGAACCGCGGCAGGCUGACAUCAGAAAAGAAUGCCUCCGGCUCUGGGGGAUACCAGACCAGGCCCGAAUUGCUCCAUCAUCUUCAGAUCCAAAGUCCAAGUUUUUUGAAUUAAUUCAGGGUGCUGACAUAGAGAUCUUCAGUUACAAACCAACACCUCUCAACUUAAAAACACUGGACAAGAUCCGUCCCGUAUUGGAUUACAGAUGCAUGGUAUCAGGAGGUGAACAGAAGUUUCUUCUGGCCCUAGGGAAGUCUCAGAUAUACACAUGGUCUGGUCGCCCAUCAGAUCGGUGGACUAAACUGGACCUGAAAACAGAAUUGCCACGUGACACUCUUCUGUCUGUGGAGAUUGUUCAUGAGCUAAAAGGAGAGGGGAAAGCACAGAGAAAAAUUAAUGCCAUCCAUAUCUUAGAUGCCUUGGUACUAAAUGGCAGUGAUAUCAGAGAGCAACAUUUCAAUCAGCGAAUUCAGUUGGCCGAGAAGUUUGUGAAGGCUGUCUCUAAACCCAGCCGGCCAGAUAUGAACCCAGUCAGAGUGAAGGAAGUGUACCGAUUAGAAGACAUGGAAAAAAUAUUUCUGAGGUUAGAGAUGAAGAUUACUAAGAGCUCAAGUGGGAUACUGCGGCUGUCCUACACUGGCCGUGAUGACCGGCACUUUGUCCCCACAGGAUUGUACAUUGUUCGAACAGUCAGUGAUCCCUGGACCAUGGCAUUUAGCAAAAAUUCUUACAGGAAAUUUUUCUUCAACAAGACAACACAUACUUCCACAUACGAGCUUCCCGCAGAAUCUGUUGCACCAUUUCACAUUUGCUACUUCAGUCGCCUCUUCUGGGAAUGGGGAGAUGGCGUCAAAGUGCACGAUUCUCAAAAAAGGGAAGACCCAGAGAAGCUGUCCAAAGAUGCUGUCCUAUCCUUCAUUCGGCAACAUUCACCCUAUGAGCAGACUGUCGCCAAGUCUUGGGGGACAGGGAAGGAGCCUGGGUUAGAAUCAUCAGCUGCAGAUUAGCAUAAGUUUCUUCCAGCUACUCAGAGUGAUCCACGGAAGAGGACAUGGAUCAAGUGGUGGAGGACUUGGUGGAGAAAACAUGAGACGAAGCUGCGGAUUGCAAAACAGCAUUGUACAUAUGCAUCUGCUCCUGGCAGUUUUUGCUGCUGGCGACAGAGUUAAGACUCCUGGAUCAGUGGAUAUUUCUCUGCCUUGAUGCUCACCAUACCUCUCUAGGACUCCUUCCCACCCCUAUGGUUUCAAUACUUUGCAUCUGGACUUCACAUAGCAGACAGCACAGCAAAUCAAAGAAGAAUAUGCACACAACUCCACAAUGUCACCUGUAAGGGAAGGACCACAUGGUUCCUGAUGGAGUUCCUUAAGGGUAGGAAUGAGGACAAAAGGGAGAGGUAGCUUUUAAUGACCUGAGUUUGUUGCUUGGGCUUUUUUUUUUUUUGGUAUGAUGAGCCAAAUUUGAGUUUACUGAGAAGUUCUAAUUCUUGCCCUAUCUGUUUUCAUGGCUCUGUCCUUUGGAAUUUUAGAUAUGUCUUAUCAGGAAGAAACCAAACAGAUGGAGGUCUUGAUUGUAAGAGUUUUGGUGUACUUGCUGUCAGUAAUGACACAUGAGAUUGAUUUUAUGCUUCUAUGCAAAGUAAAUGUAUUAUGCUCA